UAUCGUCCCAUACACGACCCUGCAUUUAUUGCUCCUCCCUUCCCCCCUUACUACAAAUACCACCUCGAUCAUCACCUACAAACCUAACACUCAUCGCAAACAGAAAGAGCUAGCAGAAUAUCAAUUAUUUCCACUCUCAAUAUCGUCAUACAUUUGGCUUCAAAACACAAAUACUGUAACCUCGAUCAGUAUCCUUUCGUAUAUAUCGAUCUUUCAUACAUAGAUAGAUAUAUCAUGUCUUCCAAAAUCGUUGUUCUCCUUGUUCUGGUAUCAUGUCUCUAUAUGCAUAUGUAUGCAUGCAAUGCCGGCCGAGUUCUAGGCUUCUCUGUUAAGGAAAGUGGCAGUCAAAUCCACGAUUCUGUUAAUGAGGGUGUAGAGAAAGUUUGGAUCCAACUUUCGGAGACCACGUCAAUGCCAUCAUCAACUUGGAGGCCUUCCAUGUUAGUAGAAGUGAAAAACCCUGAAACAGUAGUCACCCACGAGAAGGCUGAUUUUUCGAGGAAACAAGGAGAAUCUGCCACUAGACCAACUUCAUCAGGACAUGAUAUUAUUACAUUAUCUACUUCUUCUCAGAUUGACCUGCAAUAUCAAGUUGAACUGAAGGGAUUGAAGAGGCAGGCACGAUCGGUACUGGGAUCUGCAAAACAAGACAAUGAUAUUGAGGAGGAUCAUAAUACAGAUUCUGAGGGAAGUUCAAAUGAAGCAGCUAUCGAUGAGGAUGUCGGUGUCAUGGACUAUGCAAACCCUCACAGGAAACCACCCAUUCACAAUCAAAAGCCCUAGAAAUUCAUGCACACUUUCAUAUCAUACCAACCAGCUUCCUAGUUACUUGUGAUGAGUUUGUAUACUUUGUUCUAUAGCUAGUUCUUGAAAAAAUACAGUAAUUUCCUUGGUGGGUUGGUAUCACAUUUGUAAUUUACGAAAAUUCUACGACAAAAAUAAUAAAAUUGCUUAGAAAAGAACCAAAAAAUAAAGAUUCUGUCUUCUUCAUUGAUGGGUCAGAAUCAGAUCAUCGAAGUAGUGUUUUUGUUUUUGGUAGCAGAGAGGGCAGAGACAAAAUGGUGAUUUGAUGGAUGAUGGCUUCUCUUAUUGUAUUUGUUUGUAUGUAGGGGAUGAAUGAUUGUGAUCAUCAUCAUCUUCGCUGAGACAUAUGACAUGGGAUGUAUAGAGCACCCCUUGUAAAUUGGUUUGGUUGGUAUUCUUAAAUAAAAACUGGGAUGCUUUGUUUCUGUUAA